AUGUCCAACCCGAUUAUUGUCUACGUUUCUACAGUCUCCAGCAACUUGGAGGUGUUGUCGUGUUUCGAUAAUAGUCCUCUAAUGAAAGCGGUUAUGGUUCUUGUCUUGCAGAUCAAGAAACAGCAGCAGAAGCUCGAGAUGAUUCUGUCUUCCAAGAAAGUUCCGGUGGAUUACAUUGAUGUUGCUUCCAGUGAAGAGGCGAAAGCCGAAAUGAGAGAAAAGGCUAAAGAUCCAAAGGCCUUACCGCCUCAAUUUGUUCACAGAAAUCACGGCUAUCUAGGCGACUACAAAGCAUUCGAAGAGGCUUUGGAGAGUGAAUCGCUGUUUGAAUUUUUGAAAUACACUCCCUAG